CUCACCCCUGCUUUCGGCCCUCGGAGACCCCGGGCGGCCGCCGCCGAGGGCCGGAUGCGGCUGCGUCGACUUCCUUUCGGGCCCGGACCUCAAGGCGGAGGGCGCGCGGCGUUUGUUCGGCGGCGGCCGGAUUCCCGGGACCGGGCUGAAAGUGAGUUGCCCAUAUCACCUGUCCACUGGCUCACACCCUUGCCUGCUAUCUCUGAGCACAGCCAUUAUGCCUCGUGGUCAGAAGAGUAAGCUCCGUGCUCGUGAGAAACGCCGCCUUAACAGAGCCGAGACCCAAGGUCUUAAGAGUGCUCAGGCAACUACAGCAGAGGGAGAAGAGGCUACUCCUUCCUCCUCUCCUGUUCUUGGGGGUGCUUCCUCAAGCUCCCCUAUUGCUGGCACUUCCCAGGAGCCUCAAAAAGCCCCAGCCACCACCAGGGCUGCUGCACGUGCUUCACGGCGAAGAUCUAAGGCAGGUGCCAAGAGCCAGGUUGAGGAAAGUAAAAAUUCCUCUCUGGCCUCAACUUCCACCGGGAAAGCUCAAAACGAUCCUCUAAGCAGGAAGGUGGGGAUGUUGGUACAGUUUCUGCUGUAUAAGUAUAAAUUGAAGGAGCCCAUUAAGAAGAUAGACAUGAUGAAGAUCGUCCACAAAAGGAACAGGGAGCAGUUCGCUGAGAUCCUCAGGAGAGCCACUGAGCGCAUGGAUCUGGUCUUUGGCCUCAAAUUAAAGGAAGUCAAGCCUGGCAGUAACUCCUACACCCUCACCAGCAACCUAGACCUCACCGACGAUGGCACUAUGAAUAAUCUCUGGGGCUUUCCGAAGAAUGGGCUUCUCAUGCCUCUCCUAGGUGUCAUCUUCUUGAAUGGCAACUGCACCUCUGAGGAGCAGAUCUGGGAAUUCCUGAAUAUUUUGGGCGUCUAUGAUGGAAGGAGGCACUUCAUCUUCGGGGAGCCCAGGAAGCUCAUCACCCAAGAUUUCGUGCAGGAAAAGUACCUGGAGUACCGCCAGGUGCCCGGCAGCAAUCCUCCACGCUAUCAGUUCCUAUGGGGCCCCAAAGCCCAUGCUGAAACCAGCAAGAUGAAAGUCCUCGAGUUUUUGGCCAAGGUCCACGACACCGUCCCCAGUGCCUUCCUGCCCCAUUAUGAAGAGGCUCUGCGAGAUGAGGAAGAGAGAGCCCAAGCCAGAGCUGCAACCAAGCAUGCCUCUACUGCCAAGGCCACUGCAUGUUCCCAGGCCACAUCUGGCCACUCUUCUCCCUAGAGAGGGCUGAGGCAGAUUCUUCGCUUUGUCAUGGGAAGGCCUGUUAAGUAGUGUUUGUCAUGGGCACAAAUAAUUUGUUGAUUACCUUUUUUUAAAUAUAUUCUUCAGGCACUGUUCCUUUCAAUAGAAAGUUUAUGUAGAUUCAGAAUAUAAGUUUUUGGAUGGCACAGAUCACACAUUUACUGCUGUUUAUCAGUUUUAGGUGUAAGAGUUUAUUUUUUUUGAAAUGUAGAUCAGAAAUUGUUAAAUCACUUUUGUGAUCCAGAGCAAGAUAAGAUGGCUUUAAGAUAGGAUAUCCUUGGAAAUGUGAAAAAAAUUCCACACUAAAAUAGUUAGGAUGAGAAGAUCGAUCGAUAGAUAACUAGAUACAUAGAAACCUAGAUUCGUAGAUAGAUGGAUAGGUACAUAGGUACACAGAUACAUAGAUUACAUAGAUAAGCAGAUAGGUACAUUGAUACAGUAAUAAUUGGUUAAUUCUUUGUUUGCCUUACUCUAUUCUUUUUCUAAAUUUAAAAGACAUAUACCUGCAUUUGUUUAUGUUUGUUAAGAAUGUUUGAUAAUAUAUGAUCAUAAUGAA